ACUAUAGUUACCCAAUAGCAGAAUCUUCUGUGGUCUUCAAAUUGAUUUGGGAAAAUAUUAUAUCAGCCAAGAAGCUAUUAUGGAUUUAAUACAAGCGCUAACUUUUUAGAACGUUCAUGUCUGCCUCUGCGUUCCUCUGCCUUAGCUGCAUCUUGACAUGCUAUUACUUUUUAUGGGAUAUUUGACUAAAAGAUUGAACAGUCGGUGUCUCCAAUUCGCUUUGCUUGUCAUUGGAGCAAGUGCAUGUACUAAAACAGAGGACUGUUCAUCUAUUGCGGGAAAUGUACUGUGUAAUCUUGAAAUUCAUCGAUGUGUAUGUAAAGAAGGAAAUGUAUAUCUUCAGCGACAUCGCAAAUGUGUUCAAGUGGCCAGAUUGGGAGAACUUUGUGAAUUAUCUGAACAAUGCCAAAAAACUGAUCCAUUUAGCAUCUGUCAUUUUUUCGAUUCGUUUCAACUUCACUUGAUGAUGUGUCAAUGUAAAGCAGGAUAUGAAGAAGAAGGAGUUGAAAAAAAACGACAUUGUGUCCCAGCAGCGAAAAAAAAUAAUUUUUUGGGAGGAAAUCCACAUUUUGAUAGUGGAGAUGCUGUUCCAAUUGUUAUGGGUUGUCUUGCUGCAGGAUUAGCUCUUGUUGCCUGCUGUGCGGGUAUUGUGCAAUUAAUGAGGUAAGUAAAUACAAGGCAACAAAUUACACUUUAUAACAUUAGAAAAUUUCAUAUAAUUUGAUAUUUAUUUUUGUUUCAGGCAUGUUCUCAUGCCAUCAUUACUUCAUUUUUUUCCUUAAAUGAUUUUCUGCUAAAAAUUUCUUAGUUCUUGUCUUUUCAAAUGACCAAUGGGUCAUCAAUAUAAUAUCAUUUUUGCAAUAACAAAGGAUUAGUGUUUCUUAAAUGUUAGUUUAUUGA